UUUUUUUAAAGUUACAUUUGAAUGAAAUGAAAUGAAGUAAAAAUGAAAUGAAAUGGUUACGAGGGGAAAAUACACCUUUCUCCUGCCCGACUCGGCUUUUCACUGUUGUUGACUGCAUGAGCUCUCCAGAGCAGAGUCAUGUUACGUCUCCGCCUCCAAAAAGUUUCCCCCAAUCAUUUCCUCGCCCUCAAAGAUAAAUCCAGGCAUCGCCUCCUGCGCCUGUAGACUCUUCUGCACAAACGCUCCAGGAGCACAUCUCCCGCUCUCGCGUUUCUCUCUAAAGUCACACUUUUACAAAGUCUGAGCAUCAGGAAAAAACAAAACUUUUGCAUUGUUGCCUCGUUGUGUGCGAGAUUGUGAAAAAGUCGAAGGAGCGUCUGAAACUUUUUAUUUUUAUUUUUUGGCUUUCUUUUAUUUUUGGACUCUGAAGGAUUCGGGUUUGCCAGUCGAGCUGUGCGCCCUCGCAAGGCUGUCACUGCAGUCUUCGGAGACAGCGCUUUGGAUUUAGAAGGAAGGACUUUUUAUUUUUUAUUUUUUAUUAUUUUUUUUACUGCAAGAAGCUGCGCGUUCAUUUUCUCGCAUGAAUCUCCUCGACCCUUACCUGAAGAUGACAGAAGAACAGGAGAAGUGUCACUCCGACGCUCCCAGCCCCAGCAUGUCGGAGGACUCCGCGGGCUCGCCGUGCCCGUCCGGCUCCGGCUCGGACACCGAGAACACCCGGCCGUCCGACAACCACCUCCUCCUGGGCGCAGAGUACAAGAAGGAGGGCGAGGAGGAGAAGUUCCCCGUGUGCAUCAGAGACGCCGUGUCCCAGGUGUUGAAGGGCUACGACUGGACGCUGGUGCCCAUGCCGGUGCGCGUCAACGGCUCCAGCAAAAAUAAACCGCACGUCAAGAGACCCAUGAACGCGUUCAUGGUCUGGGCUCAGGCUGCACGGAGGAAGCUGGCCGAUCAAUACCCGCACCUGCACAACGCGGAGCUCAGCAAAACUCUGGGCAAACUCUGGAGACUGCUCAACGAGGUGGAGAAGCGGCCGUUCGUGGAGGAAGCCGAGCGCCUGAGAGUGCAGCACAAGAAGGACCACCCCGACUACAAAUACCAGCCGAGGCGGAGGAAAUCGGUCAAGAACGGGCAGAACGACCCGGAGGACGGCGAGCAGACGCACAUCUCCCCGAACGCGAUCUUCAAGGCGCUGCAGCAGGCCGACUCUCCUGCGUCCAGCCUGGGCGAGGUGCAUUCACCUGGAGAGCACUCAGGUCAGUCCCAGGGCCCUCCGACGCCCCCGACCACCCCCAAGACAGAUCUCCCCUCCAGCAAAGCCGACCUGAAGCGCGAGGGCCGCCCCAUGCAGGAGGGCACCAGUCGCCAGCUCAACAUCGACUUCGGCGCCGUCGACAUCGGCGAGCUGAGCAGCGAGGUCAUCUCCAACAUGGGGAGCUUCGACGUCGACGAGUUCGACCAGUACCUGCCGCCCCACAGCCACGCAGGGAUGCCCGGGGCGACCCAGGCUGGCUACACCGGCAGCUACGGCAUCAGCAGCUCCUCAGUCGGCCAGGGGCCCAACGUGGGGGCCCACGCAUGGAUGUCCAAGCAGCAGCAGCAGCAGCAGCAGCACUCUCUGACCACCCUGGGCGGAGGAGGAGAGCAAGGCCAGCAGGGUCAGCAGAGAACCACCCAGAUCAAGACAGAGCAGCUGAGCCCGAGCCACUACAGCGAGCAGCAGGGCUCCCCGCAGCACGUCACCUACGGGUCCUUCAACCUGCAGCACUACAGCGCCUCCUCUUACCCCUCCAUCACGAGAGCACAGUAUGACUACUCAGACCACCAAGGCGGCGCCAACUCCUACUACAGCCACGCGGCGGGCCAAGGCUCCGGCCUGUACUCCACCUUCAGCUACAUGAGCCCCAGCCAGAGGCCGAUGUACACCCCAAUCGCCGAUAACACCGGGGUGCCCUCCGUGCCUCAGACGCACAGUCCGCAGCACUGGGAGCAGCAGCCCAUUUACACGCAGCUCUCCAGGCCGUGAGGAGGUGGCACAGCACUGACUGUACAACAAACCAUCUCACGCAUAAAAAGACUUCUCUCUGCCUUUCGGGGGGCUUGGGGGGGGCCCAUCGGUCACCACCACGCCACACACACAUCCUUUCACUGCCGACAGAAAAACAUCACCAGGACGUUUUUUUUUUUUUUUUUUUUAUAUAGUACUGAAAAUAUAUCUUUGGAUUGGCUCACAACAGUGCCUUUUGUAUUGGUUGGAAUUGUGAUUAUAUUUUUUUAGAUAUAACGUUUGAAAAAAAAAAAAGACGAAGAAAGAAGCUUAAAUCCUCUGUGAGGACGUACUGGUUUUUAAACAUAUUUUAGUAUGUACUGUGUAUGUGUUCUGCUCUCGCCCAUCAGAAUCAGUGUCAUCAGCAUCCUCAUCGUCGCGACCCGAAGGUCUUAACACAGCCUGAAGGAAGCAGGAAAUGCCGGGUAGUUAAAAAAAAAAAAACACCCUCAGUGGCCUUACUUCUCACUGAUGUAUUUUAUUUUUCUUUUUUUUUUGUACAGAAGUAAGAAACAGCUGUUUACUGACACUGCCGUCUUAUGAUAGCCUACGUUCUGCUUUGAGGUUUUUUUUUUUUUGUACUGUACAUAUUUCGAUGUCAUUCCCAGGAGACGCAAGAGUCGAGCGACGCAGGUUGGAAAAUAGAUUUGAAUCUUUGGCCAUCGGUGAACUAGUCAAAUGUUUUUGGUUUUUUUUAUUCUUCGCUUUAGCUCAAAUGAUUGUGUCUGAGACGCUAUAGCAGGUGCCAUGUAACUCUACUAGGGGCCUUACUGUGUUAGUAGAUGUAACUGAGCGAUUGCUUGCUUUUUUUUUUUUUUUUUUUUAAAUCCGGGUACUGCCUUGAUACCAUCGGUGCCUCUGGAGCCGCGGUAAGGAGGCUCCUUCCACUGGCAACGAAGUGUCAAAAAAAAAAAAAAAAAAGAAAAAGAAAAAAAACUGCAGCGAAAUUCUGACUUCCUGCUCGAGGAGAUACAGGAAGUGACCUUUGACCCCGACUCUCCUCCGCGGCCAGCGGGUCUGACUCUGGCGCGCUUCUGUCGUUUUCCCUACAGCCCCCAUCCUUCCUCCUAACCUCCUAUUUGUUUUUUCUUAAUUUAUUCUCUAGCAUUAAUUUUAUUUGAAAAUAACUAUUUUGCAAUUACCUUUUUUUGAAUUCAGCAGCAGCUAACGGAGAUGGUUUGCUGUCAACAUGUGGUACAAAAUUUUUUGUUUAUUUAUCAUUUGUAAAUGUUUUCCGUAUAAAAAAGUUCCUUUUUAUUCAUGAUCUAGUUUUAUGUACAGAGUACUUAUAAUUACACGACGAGUCUCUCUCUUAAAAAAAAAAAGAAAAGAAAAACUGGAAGUUUUCUCUUUUUUUCAUGCUAACAAAAAUGAAUUAAUGGAUAUGGAAGCUCUUUUUUUUGUUUUUUGUAAAGAAUUUGCUGGAAUCAACAGGAUACUUUUUGUUAUUGGAGAAAAAAACCCUUGUGUUCCUCAUUUUAUAUUCUGUAUCAUUAGUUCUCAUUUUGUCAUCUUCUUAAUGCAGUUUCCGUAGGUAAACAUGGCGUCUUAAAAGCUUAUCUUUUGUAUUAUAUUGUUUGCAAUAAAAACAAAACACUGAGAAAUA